AUGGCUAUUGGUGUUGCUGACAUGAGGCAAGUGUCGGGCAUGGAUAGCCUGGCUGCAGGGGCCUUGAGAGGAAUGAGGCUGCGCAGGGAAAGCAAUAUAGAUUGGCAGGGUUGCAAAACUGCCUCACAAGAGAUCCUCAAGCACCUGCAGGAGCUGAAUGUGACUGAAGUGGAAAAACCGUUAAUUAUUUCAUUUCCUCAACGGAUUGAAUGCAACGAUCACUGUGAUCCAGAUUCCUUGGGCAAGAAUAGCAUGCUGUGUCUGAUGAAGAUUAGUCGGGGCCUUCAUCGUUACCAGGAACUUCUGACACAGUAUGCAACGUCAGAUACAACUGAGCUCCGAACCGCUGUGACUAAUUUGUUGCAGCUCCUUCCAAAAAAUGAAAGCAGCAGUCCAGCCCAACAAAUGCAAGCAUGGGAGAAACUGCAUGUAAUGGAUACCAUCUUACAGCGCCUGCAGUUGUUUGCCAUUUUGGUGGCCCGCGUCUUUUCCCAUUGUGCCGCAUUGAAUAGGGAUGUAACUAUCUGA